GCCAGCGCCAUGCAGCGUGCGGCGCGAGCGCUGGCCUGGGCUCUGCUCCGCGCCGCGCAGCCAUGGCUGCCGCGCCGCUCCUCGCCCUUCCCGCAGCUUCGCCGCCCGGCCUGCAGCGCCGCCGCCGCGGGGCAGGUGAAAGCCACGCACUAUGGCCUGGUGUACACCUGCAAGGUCUGCCAGACCCGAUCAGCCAAAACAAUCUCCAAGCUGGCCUAUCAUAACGGAGUGGUGAUAGUGAAGUGUCCCGGCUGCGGGAAUCACCACGUCAUAGCCGAUAACCUGGGCUGGUUCUCAGACCUGGAGGGCAAGAGGAAUAUUGAGGAGAUCCUGGCUGCCAAAGGGGAGAAGGUGAGACGUGUGGUUGGUGAGGAAGCUGUGGAACUGCUUCUGGAAAGCUCAGCAGAUACCAGGUCUCAAGGUCAGUCCUCAGAGGGAGAAAGUGGGGAACUGCCCCCAGAGACUGGCAGCAAGGCACAGACCUGACGAGUGGGAUUGGUGUCCUUCUGCCGGUGGCAGCAGAGACUUCUGACCUUUAUUCCAUGAUUUCAACAGUCUGUGUUUAAAAUAAACUGGGGUGUUGGUCUU